UGUCAAUCUAACGUUAACUAGCUGGACUAAACGCCUUGUAUGGUAUUUUAAAGGAUGUUAUGGGAUGUAUGACAGCCCAUUUAGAAGUUUACAGAUGUGUAUGAGCAAUGGGUCAGGGUGCAGGUAAGCCAUCCUGGGCCAAACCAUCUGGGGGUUAUCAGACCAUCACAGGAAGAAGAUAUGGCAGGAGGCAUGCAUAUAUCAGCUUCAGGCCCUCUGCACACAAGCACAGACCUAUGUCUGCUGUGGAUUGUCAAGAAAUGGAAAUAAGAAGUGUCCAUGUUGAGCACACCUCAGCUCCUGCAGUGCUGCAGGGUGUCUUUCCAGUGUUAUCUUCCAGUUUGGGUAACUCAGAUCAAGAUGGCCAGGACAGACACAAGUCAUCUUCUGACAGGGUGCUGGACAAAUGUAAUUACACUGUGCCAUUUGAUAUUGGCCAUAACACUGGGGAUGAGAAAAGUGCAGAGGCUUGUGCUUGGGCUGAUGGGGUGGAUCAGAAGACAUCCAGCCUGAGUAUUCUGAACUUUAUGAACAUUGACUCCUAUGAGCCAAACAGCAAUGGAGGUGAAGCAGGUGGUACAGGGACAGACCAAUCUUGUACCAUUCAGAAAAGCCUGGACAUGAUUUCUGAUCUUGGGAAAGACUUUGACCACCUUUCCAGCUCACAUUCAUACUUGCACACAGAAUCCUGCAAAAUGUCAGAUUGUUUAGCUCAAGAGCGGAAUUCUAAUGGCUCCCUAGAUACUAAUCAAGCGCACACACUUUCAUGGAGGACUGGAAAAACCUGUGAGAGUCAUGGUCUAAUGGACAAAGUUCAAUCAGAUGCGUGUAAUACAUCAACAGCCAGUAGUAGUCCUUGUUCUUGUGUGGACCUGGAACAUACCACUGUGAAGGAAGCAGUUAAAUUGGAAAUGGUGGUCAGGCCAAAGGUCCGCAAGCAGACAAGUGAAAGCAAUCUCAACAAGAGGAAAAACUCUCAGACUGAGGAAGCAAGUUGGGUGUCAAGUGCCAAUUCUGUUACAAGUAUGUGUGGUUCUGCACCUCCUUUUUAUGUCACUCAAAAAAAUGCAGACACAUCCCAAUUCCUCUUCAACUUCCUUCCAAAUGAAUGCAUGGAGUUCGGUACUUUGGACAAGAAGCAUCAAAUGAAGCAAAACAGCAGGGCCAGAGUAGAUGACGACAAUGACUUCUGGGAAGAUCUAGAAGAGUUUGUGGAGAAGAAUGCAUCACCUGAAAAAAAGAAUGAGAGCUUGGAGUGCAGUGAAGGUGAGUGGUCUGCCUCAUGGACGUCAGACACGGGGCUGGAAAAGGAGCGGCGAUCCAGCGAGGAGAGCUGGGAGACGCUACCUGGAUUAGAUGAGCUGCCUAGCUCAAGCAAUAGCCUGGAAGAUGUUCCCCCACUCAGUCUCACACAGGAGGAGCAGAGUCCUCUGGAGGAAGGUGAAAUCCCAUGGCUAAUGUGUAAUGAGGAUUCAGCGAGCAGCAGUGAUGAGGAGCCAGAUAAUGUGAGCCAGUUUGUGCACCCAGGCCUGUUUAUUUUGGAUAGUAGCAACAACCUGGAUGAUGACUCCAGCAUGAGUGAAGAUCUGGACACUGAAUGGAGGUUGCUGGAUGACUUUGGAGAAAGCGUUGGCAUGGCGCAGUCCAUCUCUUAUGUAGAUCAUUCUCAGCUUCUCACUUAUAUGGCAUUAGAGGAGCGACUUGCACAAGCAAUGGAGGCAGCAUUGGCACACUUGGAGUCUCUGGCUAUAGACGUGGAGCAGGCACAUCCUCCAGCCUCAGAACAUAUCAUUGACUGCUUACCUCAAAUCACAGUUCUGGAUGACCACAGCAGACAGGAGCAGUGUUGUGCCAUUUGCUGCUGUGAAUAUGUCACAGAAGAGGUCGCAACACAGCUGCCAUGCCACCACAUGUUCCACAAAAUCUGUGUCACUCUAUGGCUCAGGAAGUCUGGAACGUGUCCUGUGUGCCGCCAUGUUCUGACCCCUCCUCCAAGUGAUCCUACAUCAUUCCUUUCUGAUCAGGAGAAUGCCACAUCCAGUCAAAGUGUUGCUGGGCAAACCCGGUGAAGUCUCUUAACAGACAGAACAAUAAAAUCAUAAUUAUCAUCUGUCUUCACAGUCAAAUGUACCUUUAGCAUGUCUCUACAUGUCUUAUAACAUAAAAUAUGCUAUUCAGUCUCUAUUAACUUAGUUUCUCAUGGCAUAGUUCAUGGCACAAGGCAAUGCUAACCUAUUUUUUGUUUGUUUGUGUGUGUGUGAUUUUUAUAUAUAUAUAUAUAUAUAUAUAUAUAUAUA